AUGCAACUAAUGGAGAACAAGAGCAGAGUGGCACAAUUCAUCCUGCUAGGACUAACCAGUGACCCAGCUCUGCGGACCCCCCUCAUAGUAAUCUUCCUCUUUGUCUAUGUCAUCACUGUGGUUGGGAAUGUGGGAAUGAUUCUAUUAAUCCUCUUGGAUUCUCGACUCCAUACUCCCAUGUAUUUUUUCCUUGGUAACUUGUCUUUCGUGGAUUUUUGUUAUUCUUCAGCUGUCACUCCAAAGGUCUUGUCUGGACUCACUCUAGGAGACAUGGCCAUCACCUACAACGCUUGUGCUGCUCAGAUGUUCUUCUUUUCAGCCUUUGCUACUACAGAAAAUUAUCUCUUGGCUUCGAUGGCCUAUGAUCGCUAUGCAGCAGUGUGUAAACCCCUCCAUUAUACCACCACCAUGACGACUGGUGUGUGUAUGUGUCUGAUGAUAGGUUCCUAUGUCUGCGGUUUCUUGAAUGCCUCCAUCCACACUGCGAACACAUUCAGCCUCUCCUUCUGUAUGCCCAACGUGGUCCAUGACUUUUUCUGUGAUCUUCCAGCAGUCAUGGUUCUUUCUUGCUCCGAGAGGCGUUUUAAUGACCUUGUCCUUAUUUGUGUAGGUAGCCUCAAUAUAUUUGUUGCCUUUGUGGUUAUCUGGAUUUCCUACACGAUCAUUUUUAUCUCCAUUGUAAAGAGGCAUUCAGCCUCAGGCUCCCACAAGGCUAUGUCUACCUGCGCCUCACACUUCUCUGCAGUUUCCAUUUUCUAUGGGACAAUCAUCUUCAUGUACUUACAGCCCAGCUCCAGUCACUCCAUGGACACUGACAAGAUCGCAUCUGUGUUUUACACAAUGAUCAUCCCCAUGCUCAACCCUGUGGUCUACAGCCUGAGAAACAAGGAGGUCAAGAGUGCCUUCAUGAAGAUAAUUUUCAAGGCAAAAUAA